GGAGCCGAUAGUCACUAGUUUCCUGCUAUCUUCAACAUGAACGCUAAGGUCGUCUUUCUUCUGGGCUUGGUAGCUGUGGUUGCCUCCGAUAGGCGCCCAUUCCGUCCAUCCACUUCUUACGGGGCUCCCCAGGUCCGUCGGCCAUCUUUCGACUCCUUCGAGAAUCGUUUCGACUCUUUCGAACGUUCUUCCUUUGAACGCCCAUCCUUCGCGCGCUCUUUCGACCACUCCUUUGAACGCUCCUCCUUCGAGCGCCCUUCUUUCUCCCGCUCUUUCGACGGCAACUCAGACGAGUCCUUCGAACCCGCCAGGUACAACUUCCAAUUCGGUGUCCACGACGACUCCACCAGCGCCAGCUUCGAGCACCAGGAGGACCGUAACGUGGACAAGACCCAAGGAUCCUACUCCGUCCAGCUUCCCGACGGUCGUCUCCAGACCGUCAGGUACUUCGUCAACGGAGGCUCAGGCUACGUCGCUGAGGUCUCCUACCAGGGAGAAGCCAGGUACCCUUACUCCUCAUUCGAGUCCAGGGAGUUCUCAGCCCCAAGACCCUCUUUCUCAGCCCCCAGAAGCCAGCGCCCAAGAGCCCAGAGGCCAAGACCUACUUUCACCUCCUUUGAUUCGAGGGAAUCCCGUGAAUUUUUCUCUGCCCCGAGCACAUCCUAUGGUCUCCCUCUGUAAUGGAGACGUGAACUUGCAUGAAACUGACCUCCAAUGGAUAUGACACGGAUUAAGCAAUCUACUUCUUCCUCCUAACUUCUGCAAUCUUUUUCCUUUAAAGCUUUCACUGACUUUUCCUUAUAAGGACUGAUAUCUGUUCUCAUAAUUGUUGAUAAUGUAUUUAUGAAAAAUUAUUUAUUAAUAUUUAUUAAAGCACUG